GUAGAAAGACGUUUUGAGAUUAAAAGGAGAAUGUGAAGGAAAAUGAAAUGUGAAGAUGAGAAGCAGGGAGUCCCAAUGAAUGUGUGCCAAGGGGAUGCUGUCUGUGUAGUGCCUCUGCAUUUCGUUAUCAGAUGAGAAGAUUGCAAGGGUUGUGAAGCAGAGUUCCCUCUCUGACAAAGUGUACAUCAGAAUUUAGUUGCAGCAUCUCUGCCUGGUCUAGCAGGCCAUAUAUUCACACUCGCUGUGUUCUGGUGUCAAAGUCUGGAUGUGAGAAAAGAAAACCGAAACCCUUAAGCGACUCGUAGGAAGCUGCAGGGGAACGACUUUUCCACAUUCAGAGACUCCAACCGUCAUGUUAAGGUAAAGCAGAAGAGUGCAGUGCUGAACAUGCUAAAGAAGUUGGACAAAAUAAGGUUCAGAGGUCACAAGAGAGAUGAGUUCCUUGAUUUAGCAGAGUCUCCAAAUGCUUCUGACACUGAAUGUGGAGAUGAAAUCCCAGUGAAAAUACCUCGAACAUCACCCCGAGACAAUGAAGAGCUGAGAGACCCUGCUGGUCCAGGGACCAUCAUCAUGGCUUCAGGAGUCCAGGAUUUUAACAGAACGGAGUCUGACAGACUGAAUGAAAUCAAAGGUCACCUGGAAAUAGCCUUACUGGAAAAACACUUUUUGCAGGAGGAACUCAGGAAGCUGAGAGAAGAAACGAAUGCUGAAACAUUAAGGCAAGAACUAGAAAAGGAACGACAGAGGAGGCUAGAACUGGAACAAAAAGUCAAUGAAGUACUUAAAGCAAGAGCUGAAGAGGUAUCUGCAGCUCAACAGCCUGCAAAGCCACAGACACAGGCCAAUGGAGCAGAUAAACGUAGUCACACUGUAUGUUCAAGACUCCAGAAGUGGUUUUGUGACAAAUUUGGGGAGUAUGUUGAGGACUUCAGAUUUCAACCAGAGGAGAACACAGUGGAAACAGAGGAGCCACUUAGUGCUAGAAGGUUGACUGAAAAUAUGAGAAGAUUAAAGAGAGGUGCCAAACCUGUUACUAAUUUUGUGAAGAACCUUUCUGCCUUAUCAGACUGGUAUUCUAUCUACACUUCUGCUAUUGCCUUUAUUAUUUACAUGAAUGCUGUAUGGCAUGGCUGGGCCAUUCCUAUGUUCCUAUUUUUAGCAAUUUUGAGGUUGUCCCUAAAUUACCUCAUAGCCAGGGGUUGGAGAAUACAGUGGAGUAUUGUGCCUGAAGUUUCUGAACCUGUGGAACCUCCAAAAGAGGAUCUGACGGUGUCUGAAAAGUUUCAGCUUGUUCUAGAUGUGGCUCAGAAGGCGCAGAAUCUUUUUGGGAAGAUGGCAGACAUACUGGAAAAAAUUAAAAACUUGUUCAUGUGGGUCCAACCAGAAAUAACACAGAAGCUCUACAUCGUUCUAUGGGCAGCUUUUAUUGCAUCCUGCUUUUUGCCCUACAGGAUUAUUGGACUUGCAAUGGGACUCUAUGCUGGAAUCAAGUUUUUCCUUAUUGAUUUCAUCUUCAAACGAUGCCCCAGACUAAGAGCUAAGUAUGAUACUCCUUAUAUCAUCUGGACAAGUCUCCCAACAGAUCCUCAACUCAAAGAAAGAUCUAAUGCUACAGUGUCGAGACGACUUCAAACAGCAGCAUCCAGAAGUUACGUGGGCUCAAGUGCCCCAACUGGAAUAAACAAAGAUGAAGACACGAGUCGCUUCCAUAGCACUAAGAGGGGGAAUUUCCAUGAAGUUUUUAACCUGUCAGAAAAUGAGCGUCCUUUGGCAGUGUGUGAAAAUGGCUGGCGUUGUUGCUUGAUCAAUAGAGAUAGGAAGAUGCCUACAGACUACAUCAGAAAUGGAAUUCUUUACGUCACGGAAAAUUACUUGUGCUUUGAAAGUUCCAAAUCAGGCUCAUCUAAAAGAAAUAAAGUUAUAAAGCUAACGGAUAUAACAGAUAUUCAGAAGUAUAAAGUGCUCUCUGUUCUCCCGGGAUCAGGGAUGGGUAUUGCCGUAUCAACACCAUCUACACAAAAACCUUUGGUGUUUGGUGCUAUGGUACACAGAGAUGAAGCUUUUGAGACGAUUUUCAACCAGUAUGUGAAAAUAACCUCUGCAUCAUCGAACAGUGAGAGCUAGUAUCUGAUCUUAGAAAACAUAAAGGAAACUUUCUUAUUUUGCAAUUUGGUAGUGAAAAAAAAAUAAUGAACAUCCUCAUCUAUUUUGCAAUAAUUUUUCUUGUCUGGUGGUUUAUAUUCUAUCUGUUACAUAAAUCAAGUGUAUUUUAUAUAUGCCUUCAUGUUUGUUUUUAAGGUUUUUGUAAAAAAAAAAAAAUUGUAAAAAACCCACAAAAAAAAAAAACACCAACAACAAAAUGAAGCAAAACGGUGGAAGUGCUAUCAUCACUAUUAGCCUUGUACAUUAAGCACUUUUAAUGUUUAUUUACUGAUAUGAGCAGCUCAAAAGACACUAGAAGAAGUGACUGAGUAAUGGUCUGAAACAGACUGAUCCCUUUUAACUGUGCUUAUAUCACUGGGGAUACGUUGGACCCGUUAUCUCAGUUAUUUUUUCCCCAAGAUGUGAGAACGACAACUGCAAUAUCCUGAAGUCUGUUUCUUCAGCUUUAAGUUUUAAAUUGGGUUCUAUAUUAAAACUGGUGGCCAACACCAAGGAAGUAUUAUCAUCUUAGUAUUUCCAUAUUUGUAACUGCACUUAACAUAACUCCUCCUUGCUAAAUCUUGCAUCGAAGAAGGUUGUUUACCAGUUGGGUCAGUUUUUUCUGCUUACAGAGAUUUAAAUUGUUUGUACAGUGAAUUGGAGGAAAACAUUUCUAGCUAUAUCUUCCUUUCCUGAUUAACCAAAGCAAGAGGAAGGAAGGCAGGCAGAUACUUUUUAUAAAAGAGGGCAUCAAAACGUUGUUCCUAAAAUGUUAGGCAUCAUAUAUUUGUAUUUCUGUAGAUAGUUGUCAUAGAAGGGCUCAACUGUUGUACAUGUUGUAUGUACAAGGUGUUUGUAUGUUAUUGCAUAAAAGACUUGUGGGCUUUUUGUGUUGGGGAGCUGGGAGUGGUUAAACUAACCUGCAACAGGCUGGUUUUUAAUUUGGCUUUUCUCUGGAGUUACCUUAUAAUAACACUAUGAGACAGCGACUGAAAGCACUAUUUCCUUCUCACAACAUCAUUUGAGGGGCAUUGCAAUGUCACUGUGUUUCCACUUGUGAAAUUAAAUUUCAGUAACAGUUAAACCCAAUUGCCAGGUAAAACAGGAAGGCUGUGCUCCUUCUCUAAACUCUCUCAGGCCUUUCUGGCAGCAAAGCACAUAUUGAUCUUCAACUUUAAACAGAAAGCUUUUUUAUUCUAUACAAUAGCACCCAUCUGAGAGGUUUAGAAUUCUAUUUGCAUUUUUCCUGAAGCACAGUAGGAGUUACACUGAGCCUUCCAGUUUGUCUGUUCCUUCUCUGUGUCUUUUGAGUUGAGUAGUGCGAUGUCUCCAGGUGUUAUAUGGAGGACCCCAGAAAAGUAAUGGGAAUGCAAAUUCUUAUAUAAAAAAUAGGACUUAGUUUCACAGAUUUUUUUUUAACAGGGAUUUUUCUUUCUUUAUAUGGGGAAACAGAUAGAAUGAAGGAGUGGCAGAGCCAAACACCAAAGGAUCUUUAACACUUAGCACAGUUUUUACUUAAAGUAACUAAAUGCAGCAGUACUGAAGGAGGCAGUUAAACUGUACGAAACUAUUUCAGUCUGGCUGUGAAGAGGUAUGAUGCAAAGAAGUGCACCUGAUAUGAAGAAAUACUGUUGAAUACUGUGAUUUGGUUGGGUGUUGUGAAGUAAAACACUGACUGUGGUAAAGCACCAUGCCCUGGAUGGAACUGUGAACAGGAGCAGGAGAGAAUCCAUAAGGGCUGGGAUGUCAUUUUGGAGAUCUCUUGACCUUUGCAACCACGAAAAGGGUGCAUUUCUAGUGCUGCCCAUGUGUGUACAUCAGGACCUGAAACCUUAACACGUAAGUGAGGCUGGGUGGGCUUUCCUUUUUGCCACCAUCUAACAUGGGUGUAGCUUGGCAGUUCAUGGUUUCUUCGCUUGACAUACCCAGGUUUUAUGUUUAAAUUCCUUGAACUUAAUUUUCUUCUUCAGACCUGCUUCAAAAUCAAUUAAUCUUUUUGCAAUUGUUUUGUAUUAUCAUCUGAUUUUCCUUCCUAGAAGCUUCCCUGAGUAGUGAGUGUGGCUAAUAGGCAUUAAAAUCGCUUAAUGUUAUACAGAUCUUAACCAAAUUCAUCCAUUUUGUCUUAAGGAAGAAAUCCCUUGGGUAUGUUUAAAGCUAUUGGUUUUUGGGUUUUUUUUUUUUUUUUUUUUU